AUGAAUAAAUGUGAUUACUGUUGCAUACGUCCAUCCUCAUUAGAAAUCGUUUGUUUAAAAUGUAGUCCAUCACGUUCGAUAAAAGUUUGCGUUAAAUGCUCAAUCAACGUCAGUCAAUUACGCGAACAUUCAAAACAACAUCCGCUAUCCACAUAUAAAUUAAAUGAUAUUCCAUUAGAUAAUCAUCGGAUCAGCGAAUGGUUAUGCAAUGAUGAGAUGAACUUAAUCGAGGCAAUUGAAACAUGUGGCUUAGGAAAUUGGAUCGAUAUUGCUGCGAAAUUAUCACGAAAUCAGUUCGAUUGUCAAACUCAUUUCGAAGAUAUGUAUUUAUCACGUUUAAAUAAUCCUUACUCGAUCUAUUUUCAAUCGUUUCGCAAUACUAAACAAUUAAUCGGUGAAAAUCAAAUUAAUGAAAAAGAUUUUGCAAAUCAAUCGAUUAUUUAUCCACCAUUGUUAAUCGAUAGUGAACAACAAAAAACAUUGACAUAUAUGCCGCAAAGAGAUGAAUAUGAAAGAGAAUAUUUAAACGAAGACGAAAAUCGGUUGCCUAUUCUGACAAAUGAUCAAGAUUUUCNAGUAGUCAAACAAAUCUUAUUGAUUUGA